GAUAUCCAAAUUAAGGAACAGAGUUUCUGUUUCAGUGCAUCUAGUCAUGCUAAUUCAUUGUUAGACGUGAACUUAAACGACGGCAAGGACCUGAAAUUUGACUUGAACGCCAUCUACCUUACCAAUCUCGGACUUAGUUACACCUAG